UUCCAGCCAAUAGAAAAAUAUUGCAAUUUUAAAAUUUUCAUAGGGUUGGCAUGACGGACGUUUAGGUAGGAUCAGCCCACCCCUGCCCAUGCCUGGAGCCGGCCCUGAAUGAGAGUAAUGUGGCACACGGAUGGAGGUACGUGGCCACUGGACACAUCUGGUUUUCAGGUGACAGCAUCUAUCUCUGCAUAUGUUUACAGUUUUUAACAUGUAAGACCACAGGGUUGUAAAAGUAUGGCAGCUCUCUACUGUCAUGAAACCCGUCUCUUUAUCUCUCUCGAGCACGCACAUGCAUGUCCAGAUGAAACUCAUGGUGAAGAACAGGAUCAUAAAUCAACGUUGCUGUAUAAUGGCGAGCUGAGUUUGGUGUGGAGGGCGUGACCCCGCUCUGUGCGUUGGGUCAGAAGUCAUGCGGAGGUUUCAGGGUCGCGCUCAAUGAAUGAAGUUUGGGGCUCCACGGGGGUGUCCAUGGACAAAGAGACAUGAUCUGAUAUUGAGCUGGAGGUGCUUUCCCAGCAAGCUUUGCAUAUUAAAUCAUGAAGGGGGUCAGAGGGACACCGGUCACACCAGCUAGAACCUCCUCCACAUGAACAUGAAGAGCAGCUGCGCCGGACGUCUGGAUUGCGUCUUCACCGAGAGCUGCUUGUGUCUCUUGACUAUGUUUGUGCUGUUGUUUGGCUAGCAGGAUCCCGUUUGUAGCCCUGUCCGGACCCACAGCGGACAUCCUUCUGCAUGAAUCCAUGUGUGUUUUACUGCUGUCUGUUUGUACGGCCGCACGCAGCAGGUCUGGAUCUUCUCUCCUGUCUUUCCUCCUCAUGUGGGUCCAGCUCAUGGCCGUUGAUCCGGAUCGUGCUGUUGUCUGUCCAAAUGAUGUGAAUGCAAACUUGUGGGUGGACGCUCAGAGCACCUGUGAGAGGGAAUGCCAAACACACCAGGACUGCGCUGCGCACGAGAAGUGCUGUACUAACGUGUGUGGCCUCCUGAGCUGUGUGGCCGCACGGUUCUCAGAUGGCUCCUCUGCUGAUGGUCAAUCAGGUGGGGGUUCGCUCUCGGGGAGUGUGGCCAGCUGCGAUGAGUUCAUAUGCAGCCAGCAGGGGGCGGUGUGUGAUGUGUGGGAGGGACAGCCGAUGUGCAAGUGUCUGGAUCGUUGUGAGAGAGAGCCGAGCUUCACCUGUGCCUCCGACGGGCUCACGUAUUUCAACCGCUGCUACAUGGACGCCGAGGCCUGCGUUCAGGGGGUCACCCUUACCGAGGUCACGUGUCGUUAUCAUCUGUCCGUUCCAAACGCCAGCCCCCUUCCUCAAGACACAACCCCUCAUCCGACGCCCACCGAGGCCGACUCCGAGGCCUUUCCGCCCAGCCUGUACUCCAACCCCCAGCACCAAGUCAUUUACCCGGGUGGAACAGCGAGUUUUCACUGCGACGUCAUUGGCCACCCGACACCUGACGUAACCUGGGAGAAGCAGUCUGAGGUGCGCGAUAGAAUCGCCAUGCGGCCUGAUCAGAUGUACGGGAACGUGGUCAUAACCAACAUCGGUCAGCUGGUGGUGUACAACGCCCAGAUCUGGGAUUCAGGAAUAUACACCUGCAUAGCACGCAAUGUUGCAGGAACUUUGCGGGCUGAUUAUCCGCUCUCUGUCGUAAAGCGCGACGAUGAUGAUGAUGUGUUUGACGACUCAGAGGCGAGCUUGUCGAUGGAGCCGCCGUUUUCGACGGCUGACUGCAUUGCGGCGGUAGAGAGGGGCGAGUGCGGCGACAAGCGGGUGGACUGGUUCUACGACUCAGCGCAGGGUUCCUGCCACACGUUCACACACGGAGGCUGCAAGGGUGGCCGCAACCGCUUUGAGACGUACGAGGAGUGCCGUUCGUCUUGUCAGCGCGAGGGGCUGGGUGUGUGCUCACUGCCCGCCGUCCAGGGUCCAUGCAAGCGCUGGGAAGCGCGCUGGACCUACAACAGCCUCGCGAAACAGUGCCAGGCUUUCGUCUACGGCGGUUGCCACGGCAACAGAAAUAACUUCAGCACCCGUGAGGAAUGCAAAGCCAGCUGCCCGCGGUCAAACGGCCAUCUGUGCAAAAGCUGCCGGAUGAGAAGGAAGAUGGUAGAAAGUGUGUGCCGCAGCGACUUCGCCAUUGUAGGGCGGCUCACUGAACUCAUCGAGGAGCUGGACUCGGGAAUCGCUCGGUUUCAUCUGGAGCAGGUCUUACGAGACGAGAAGAUGGGCCUACAGCUCUUCAACACCCAACACCUUGAGGUGAUGCUCACGCGAAUGGACUGGAGCUGCCCGUGCCCAAACAUCACGCGGCACCAGGAGCUCCCUCUGCUGGUGAUGGGUGAGGUGCAGGAGGGUGUGGCUAUGAUUCUUCCUCACAGUUAUGUCCGACCUGUUUCUGAUCGCAGACUCAAAAAGAUUCAUGAGGUACUGGACAAGAAGACGUGUGAGAUGCUGCAAAGAUUUCAGGAUUGACACCUGCCUUGAAUGUGUGACAUAAGAAGUGGAAAUGAGUAAUUUGUGAGAACUUGUGAAUGUGUGUGUAUGUAGUGUGUGUUACUUUUAUGUGUGUGUUUGUGUGUGUGUAAGAGGGCGGAGAUGUUUUCCGUUUAACAGGCUUUUUAACAGACUCACUUCCUCUGUGAUGGAAUCAGCCUCCACCCUAACUGCAGCAACCUUCACAACUUUUAAAGAACAGCUCAAAACAUAACUGUUCUGCAUCUAUUUGAUUAACCAAUAACUGUCUGUCUUGUGUCUGACAAAACAAUCUUGGUGUUCUUUCUCUCCUUUGCUAACUCCAGCUUGAAUCCUCUAGUAUCAUUGCCUUGUAAACUAACGCUACUGUUUAGCGUCUUGACAAAAGGGUUAUAUGCUCUUUUAAUUGUAAGUGGCUUUGGAUAAAAGCGCCCGCCAAAUGAAUAAAUUUCUAUAUAAUGUAAUGUA